AUGAGCAGUAUUCAAAACCAGGAACCAAGCUUCAUUAUCAGCCUUCUGCUUCAAGGAAGAGGAGACACUUUCACCAUCCAUUGCUCAGGAUUCGACCAGCAUGGGGUGGAUCCUGCUGCCUUCCAAGCAGUGUUUGACAGAAAAGCCUUCCGUCCAGUCACCAACUUCAGCAUCCCCACUCAUGUCAACAUCUCCUUCAUCCUGUCUGCCAUCCUGGAAGUGGCUGCACGGCUCCAGCUUCUGACAUCAUUCCUGUGGAUUACUAUGAUGUGGGACAAUCUUUUUGUCAGCUGGAACCCAGAAGACUGUGUUAGCAACAAUAAACUCACUGUAUCAGCUGAGAACCUGUGGCUCCCAGAUAUCAUCUUCAUGGAAUCUGUGGAUGUGGGUCAGGUACCUCCAGGUCUCACUGCGUAUGUCAGCAGCCAAGGUCUAAUACAGUAUGACAGGCCAAUGAAGGUGACCAGCAUCUGUAAGCUGGACAUCUUCUACUUGCCUUUUGACCAACAGAACUGCACACUCACCUCCAGUUCCCUCCUCUACGCAGUGGACAGCAUGCUUCCGGGCAUGCACAGGGAAUUGUGGGUGAUAACAGACACGUCUCGUAAUGUCAUUCGGGGGGAGUGGGAGCUCCUGAACAUCAACAAGCCCACCCCAAAGAUGUUGGUGGACAGCAACCUAUAUGCCCAGAUCAUGUUCUAUGUGGCCAUCAGGCGCAGGCCCAGCCUCUACGUCAUAAACCUCCCGAUGCCCAGUAGCUUUCUGGCUGCCAUCGACGCCCUUAGCUUCUACCUGCCGGCAGCAAGUAAGAACCGUGCCCCAUUCAAGUCAACUCUGCUGCUGGGCUACAACGUCUUCCUGUUCACGACGAGCGAUCUACUCCCUGUCAGGGGCACCGCCCUCAUCAGUGUCUACUUUGCCCUGUGUCUGUCACUGAUGGUGGUCAGCCUGAUGGAGACCAUCUUCAUCACCUACCUGCUGCACCUGGCCACCACCCAGCCCCCACCCAUGCCUCGCUGGCUCCAUUCCCUGCUUCUACACUGCGCCAGCCCCGGGAAAUGCUGCCCUGCUGAGCCCCAGAAGGGAAACACGGGCCUGGGCCUCAGCCCCGCACACCUGCCUGGUGUGAAGGAGCCUGUGGAGUGGGGGAAGGUGUCAGGUCCCAGAGAGGCAGAGCCAAAUGGCUGCCCUGGGUCAGCGAGGGCCCAGCAGGAAGACGAGGCUCAGAAGCAGCACCUGGUCAGCCUGUGGGUGCGGUUCAGCCACAUGAUGGACACCUUGCUCUUCCGCCUCUACCUGCUCUUCAUGGCCACCUCCAUCACCACGGUCAUCGUCCUCUGGAACACCUAG